AGCAGCCAACUAUGAACAACCACAACUAAACUACAAAAACUUCAACUUUUCUCACCCAAUUUUCAAACCCUUUGAACAUCCUCAAUCUCUCUGUUUUCCCUUCUCAAAAUUCUCUCAUCUUUUUCAUGGCCCAAUCCCCAAUUCUUCUCUUUUUCUAACAAACAAUAAACAAAAAUGAAUCAACACCAGAAACUUGCUUAUUACUUCAUCUUAGCACUCUGUUCUUCAUCUUUCAUCGCUCUUCUCUCUGUUCUCCUCUUCUUCCUAUGUAGAAACCACUCUCAUCGUCAACUCUCCGACGAGUCCCCGCCACCGCCUGCAAAGCCCUCUGCUCGACCUCACACGCUAAUCGACAUCUACACCGCCACCGAAGGUUUCACCCACCGCCGCGUCAUUGGUGAAGGCCGAUUAGGCACAGUCUAUGCUGCCUUAUCGGAAACAGGGGAACUCAUCGCCGUCAAAAGAAUCUACCCAUGGUUGGUUUUAAGCAAUAAUAAUGCUGGAUUUGGGUUCUCUUCAGUAAUCAAAUCCCUCUCUUCCGCUCAACACCCAAAUCUUGUCUCCAUCACUGGCUACUCAGAAGCCCCCGGUGAACGAAUCAUCGUUAUGGAGUACGCCGGCGCCGUGAAUUUAGACAUGUACUUACAUCAAAACCCAGAUGGGGCAUUUCUUUUGAAUUGGAAACAUCGUGUGAAAAUCGCAGCAGGGGCAGCCAGAGGACUUCAAUACUUACACGAAUCGAUGGCGCCGAGCGUGAUCCAUGGGUGCGUGAAGCCAUCAAACAUACUAAUCGAUGCCGAAUUCAUCCCGAAACUCAGCGAUUACGGGCUGAAUUACUUGGCGGCGAGAGAGAAAAGGGGGUUGGUGGGUUAUGUGGACGAUGAGUACUGGAAAGGAAAGAGCGGACAGGGGAAUUGCAAGGAGAACGAUGUGUACGGAUAUGGGGUUGUGUUGUUGGAGCUUUUGAGUGGAAGGGGUUGUGAAGAAGGAUGGUUGGUGAAAUGGGCGCUGCCCUUGAUAAAAGAGAUGAGAUUCAGUGAAGUCUUGGAUCCGAGAAUUGAAUAUCCAUCUGAUUUGAAGCCAUUGAUGAGAAUGGGGAAGGUGGCGUUGGCUUGUGUGGGGAAUUGUAGAAAGAGCAGACCGGUGAUUGGUCAAGUGGUUGCCAUUUUGAAUAAUUUGGAAACUCAGUUGUAACGUUGGCCAACAAUUCCCAUCUCAUAUGGUUGAAAAGUACAUUGAAGUUGGAAGGAAAAGGAUUGAAGCUGAGAAAAAUAUGCAUAGUUGGACAAAUUAAUCGAUGAAAUUAGAAAAGAGUUUGAGAAAUUGACUUUUAGAUAUAAAAAGAAAAGUGGGUUUCAAGAAGUUCAUAUACUUCACCUCAAACCUAAUCUUCAUUCAAUUCCCAAGAAAACCAAACAAAAUAUCAGAAUUCUUUGACUCAGCAAAAUUAAUUAUAAUUGGAAAGGGACUUUGGUUGCAACUUUGAAAUAAAAAUGUGGUAUUUACUUGGAAUUUUCUUAUGUAUAAAUUAAAAAUGGAGGAUUUGUUUGGCGGUGAGAGAGAAGGACGACCCACUCCUUCAACCAAUCUUUGUUUCCCAUUUGACCAAAAUGGGGGUUCCCUACUUGACUCGUGGCCAAGUGUUUGCCAACCAUAACUUAGCUAUGUGUUGAGCAUCAAAGAUCCCUCCAAGUUAAUUAAUUAGUAACAAAUUUUUGUGUUUCCACCAUUAAAAGGGACGUCCUAUAAUGCAAAUUAAUUACAUUGAGGGCAACAAUAAAGUUAUAUAUUAAUUGUGUUGGACAUUUGUAUUUGUCAAAUUUCGUGUUAAUUGGGAAUUCUUAUUAUUGUAUCA